AUGCACGCCCCCCGGCUCCCCUUCCUCCUCCUGCACGUCUGGAGGGCCCUGCUCCUGGCCGGCGCCGCCACGGUAGCCUCGGUGCCCCUGCAUACGCGCGGGCAGCCCUCGUCGCCGUCCCCUCUGGCGUAUAUGCUGAGCCUCUACCGCGACCCGCCGCAGGCGGACAUCAUCCGCAGCCUGCAGGCGCAAGUUCCCCACUCAGAUGUGGAGGUGCAUGGGCAGAACUGGACCUUUGCUUUUGACUUCUCCUUCCUGAGCCAAAAGGAGGACCUGGAGUGGGCCGAGCUCCGGCUGCAGCUGGCCAGCCCAGCGGACCUUCCCCCUGGCGUCCCACUCUCCAUCGAGAUUUUCCACCAGCCAAAGCUGGAGGCCGAUCGGGACCCAGCCGGCUGCCCAGAACGUCUUCGGCUGGAACUGUUGACUGUUUCUCUGUCCCAGGUUACCUUUUCUUCUGGCAGCAUGGUCCUGGAGGUGACCAGGCCACUCUCCAAGUGGCUGAAGCACCCUGGGAAGCUGGGGGAGCAGAUGUCCAGUUUGGCCAGAGAAUGCUGGCCGCGGCCUCCCACACCGCCUGCCGCCAAUGUGCUCCUCCUGCUCUACUCCAACCUCCCUCCUGAGCAGAGGAGGCUGGGUGGCUCCACCUUGCUGUGGGAAGCUGAGAGCUCCUGGCGGGCCCAGGAGGGACAGCUCUUCCAGGAAAAGGGCAGGAGGCACCCGAGACAUCACUUGCCGGACAGAAGCCAACUGUGUCGGAAGGUCAAGUUCCAGGUGGACUUCAACCUGAUUGGAUGGGGCGCCUGGAUCAUCUACCCCAAGCAGUACAAUGCCUAUCGCUGUGAGGGCGAGUGUCCUAACCCUGUGGGGGAGGAGUUCCAUCCCACCAACCACGCAUACAUCCAGAGUCUGCUGAAACGGUACCAGCCCCACCGCGUCCCUUCCACCUGCUGUGCCCCUGUGAAGACCAGGCCCUUGAGCAUGCUGUAUGUGGACAAUGGCAGAGUCCUUCUAGACCAUCAUAAGGACAUGAUUGUGGAAGAGUGUGGGUGCCUUUGAGGUGCUGGAGGGGCGCUGGAUUUGCCUGUUCCCGGAAGGCUGGGAGGCUCCUGGAAGACAUGACCAUCCGAUCCAAUGCGGAAGAAAUAAAUGGAAGGCUGCACUGUCCACCAGGCGAGAGGAGGAGGCUGUCCGCCCUGCAAACGCGGGCCCUCGAGGCUGGCUAAACAGAGGCGGUCAGGAGAGGGAGGGGGAGCCUGUGAAGCAGCCUGGCUGGGUUUUCCCUUCACUGGACAGACAGUGGCGAGUGAAAGCACUAAUGAAGAGACCUUACCUGCCUUUUUAAACCUGUGCACUCCCGGAAAUCGUAUGCGAAAGUUGGGGCACAUACGUGUUUUUGAGGUGGGACAAGGUUGUCUAUAACUUUUAUGUAUUCUCGAAAGUGGUCUUUGCCACCCCCACCCCCAAGAUUAAGCAUCACUGAGUCAAUUGGCUCCGGGUGCCUCAGGCUGGGUGAGGGGCCCACGUCUUUCCGGCUGGCCAGGAGCCAUCUGUUGGCCUUGUCCAGGCUUCCUGAAGUGGAUCUCUGCUAAUGAGUUGUACAGUCAUAAAGCCACUGUAUAGUCCUUCUAGGCCUGCUGGUGCCUCUGAAGGGAGAGGCAGGAACUCGUCCCAGAGAACUAGCCACUUUGGACUACAGCAGCUGGGGCCCUCAGACACCCCCCACCCCCGAGUCUAUUAAAGUUGGUGACAGUUCACUUCCGUCUCUUAAUGCGUGCUAUCAAUGCGGCCCUGAGCUUCCUAUCCAUAGGGGUGAAGGCCCUGCCCAGGGUGGCAGAUUUGGGCUGUGGUCACAGCUCAGCCACUGAGCAGCUGUGUGACCCUUGUCCCUCAAGUGAAUAAUUCACUACUCAGCCUCAUCCUGUGACAUGAAAGCAGGUGGAUCCUAGUGCAUUCCUGUGAAAUGUCUGUUGGAAGGCUCCAGAGCUGUAAGUCAGGCUUUAUCCCAUCUCCCUACAAAGCCGGCUAAGCCAGGCCCUGCCAUCCCGUUAUCUGUCCUUUAUCAGCUUUUGCUGCCCAGGGUUCUAAGAUUGCCUUAACUUCAGGUUUCUCACAGCAGCACAGCAAAAGGAACAUAGCUUUCUCGUAGGGAGCUCUCCCACCAAACACAAGUCUGCCUUCUGGAUGAAAAGACCCCAAAGGCAGCAAUUCUG